ACGUGGCCUAGCCACGCGUACAGUCUAACAGGUCCCCCGCCGAGGCAACAACUGUUUCGCUCCUGUGGCCCGGGUGCGAGCCGGGACCGCAACUCUACUGCCCUCCCCUCGGUCCAGCAUAGCCGCCACGGCCCACCUUCCGCCGGGCGCAACCCCGACUUCCAGCUUCCCGUUGCACCGCGAGGGUCUCCCCACGAGGCCGAAGCCGCAGUGCCGACCGUGUCUUGCAGCAGGCCGUCGAAAAAGCUGCCACACCGGCGCAGCUCCCUCCAUCGCACUGCCACUAACCUGCCCUGA